UUGUUAAUCCAAAAGCAUUAUGGCCCAUACAUUAGGAAUUAUUUGCUGAAUAAAUAAACCACCGGGACAAAGCGUGGAACGAUCGACUCCCAUUUUGUUCUGGAAAACCACAUCUAGGGUUCUUACAUCUGCCGCUGAACAUCGCGAUCUGUUUUAGAUUUGAUCUGUUUCAGGAAAAAUGCCGCGACACGAUGAUCGUUACGGUGGAAACCGCCUCUAUGUUGGUCAUCUCUCUUCCAGGACGCGAACUCGCGAUUUGGAGGAUAUCUUUAGCAGAUAUGGAAGAGUACGUGAUGUAGAUAUGAAGCGUGACUAUGCAUUUGUGGAAUUUAGCGAUCCUCGAGAUGCAGAUGAUGCUAUAUAUAGGCUACAUGGACGAGAAGUUGAUGGCAGUCGCAUUAUUGUGCAAAUUGCAAAGGGGGUUCCACGUGGACCGGGUGGAUCCCGUGAGUAUUCUGGCAGAGCUCCUGCUCCUGGAACUGGCCGCUGCUUUAAUUGUGGAAAUGAGGGCCACUGGGCUCGUGACUGCAAGGAUGGAGACUGGAAGAAUAAAUGUUAUCGCUGUGGGGAACGAGGCCAUAUAGAAAAGAACUGUCAUGAGGCACCGAAAAAAUCAAGUGGACGUGGACGGAGUUACUCCCGAUCACCAUCUCCCCGCCGUGAGAGGAACCGGAGUCGUAGUUAUAGCAGGGGCCGCAGUUACAGCCGGUCUAGAUCCCCAGCAGUGAGAGAGCAUAGUGUUGAUCAUGAUGAUCGACGGUCCAGGAGUCCUCCUAGAUACCGCAAAUCUUCACCGCCACCACCAUCAAAAGGAAGGUACCGUAGCCCCUCACCUGAUGACAGGAGCCCAAGGAGAAGAGGCACACCAUCCCCACGUGAUGAUAGGCCAGUUAAUGGUUCAGAGAAUGGCAGAAGUCGCCCCAACAAUGGAUCUGAAAGUGAUGACGAUAAAAAGAAUAUGAGCCCUCUUGAGGAGAAUGGGUGCAGUCCCAGCAAUAGCCCUAUCCGCAGGGACAGUGGAAGUCCUGUGGAUAAUGACAAGCGUGGUUCUCCAAGAGGUAGUGAGUCUCCCUAAAUUAUAUGCAAAUGUUAUGUUAAGUCAUCAUUUUGUGUCAAAUUCGUAAUGUUCGUCCUGAACAACAAUUCAGUUUUUCCCGUGCUCAAAGCCCAGUUAUGACUUCAAGUUUCUCUUAAAAUUAAGACUUCUGAUUUGUUGUGAUUUUCAAAUUUCAUUUUCUUGAUCAAUUUCCUUUAAACUCGAGGGCUAUGAUGGUUUACAGACAUGUUUACCAGACAAGGAAUUGGUGACUUGUGUAUGUUUCUUAUAUGGUAUAGACCUUGUUUGAUAACAUUAAACUGACUUAUUCUUCGUGUUUUUAUUUAUCAAAUUAGGCAG